AAAAGCGGAAGCAGAACCAGCAACAAGACGCGCCUCGCCCUCGCCCUCGCCUCUCCCGGACUCCCCCCGUCCCGUCGAAGAGGAGAGGAGAGAGGAGAGCAAAAGAGCAUCUCUCUUCUCUCGCCGUCUCGCGUCGCGAAACCCUGGUCCGGCCAUCCGCCGCGCCGAUCGGGAGGGCGCGAGGGAGGGACGGCGCGCGGAGGAGCGGGAGGGGGCGAUGGGGAGGGGCCCGGCCGCGGCGCGGCCGUCGUCGGGGACGGCGCGGCACCAGCAGUUCCGGGCGCGCGCCAAGACCCGGGUCGACGACCUGCAGGAGAUGUUCUCCGGCCUCCAGUCCGCGCGCAAGGAGUCCCGCUCCACCGACGCCGCCGUCCUUGAGGCGCAGCUCCACCAGAUGCUCCGCGAGUGGCGCGCCGAGCUCAGCGUCCCGUCCCCGGCCUCGUCCCUCCAGCAGGGGAACAACCGGGAGCUGUCGGAUCCGCCCUCCGAGACGCUGCGGCUGCUGCAGCUGGCGGCUGCCGAGGAGGAGGACGACGCCACAAGCAAGCUCGUCGAGCAGCAGCACCCGCAAUCGACUAACCAGGCCCACGGCCACGUGCAGGGCGGCCAGGACAUGAAGCCGGAGCCACGGGAGGAAGCGGUUGCUUCCCCGGCUGAUCUGACGGUGCCGCAGUCGCCAAGUCAGGGAGUUAUCGCGAGUGGUGGAGGGAUGCUGGCUCCUGCUGCUGCCGCUGUGUUCCAUGAUCAGAUGUAUUAUGUGAACCAGGAACUUACUGUUGAGGACUUUCUUUAUGAUGAUAAUUACAAGAUGUACCUUCCUGGAUCCAAUCCAGAUGUUCUCAGUAACCUAGAAGGUACUGGUCAGCUGGAAUAUCCACAGUUCAAUUUGCCACAAGAGUUACCCCCUAACACAUAUCUUGAUAUGAGUAACUGUGGACAAAGUGCUGGAGAUGUUUUCCUCCACAUGUCAGACUUGCUCACUACAAUGUCUCCAGCACCUGCUGCAUUCUUAAGGCCCAAAUGCGCUCUCUGGGACUGCCCUCGGCCUGCUCAAGGAUCAGAAAGGUGGCAAGAUUAUUGCAGUAUGUAUCAUGCUGAUUUGGCCGUGAAGGAAGAGGGUCCACCAGGCACAAUGCCUGUGAUCCGUCCUAGGGGUAUUGAUUUAAAAGAUGGCCCCCUGUUUGCUGCCCUUAGUGCAAAAAUCCAAGGCAAACAUGUUGGUAUUCCUGUCUGUGAAGGGGCUGCAACUGCAAAGUCCCCAUGGAAUGCACCUGAACUUUUUGAUCUGUACAUUUUUGAGGGUGAAUCUAUUAGAGAAUGGCUGUUCUUUGACAAACCAAGACGAGCAUUUGAGAGUGGAAACCGAAAGCAAAGGUCAUUGCCAGAUUACACUGGCCGUGGUUGGCACGAAUCAAGGAAGCAAGUGAUGAAAGACUUUGGGGGUCUGAAGAGGUCCUAUUACAUGGAUCCACAACCGUCCAGCAGCUACGAAUGGCACCUCUAUGAAUAUGAGAUCAAUGAUUGUGAUGCUUUUGCCUUAUACCGGCUUGAAUUCAAGUCUUCUGAUGCAAAGAAGACUGCUAAAUCAAAAUUAGCUUGUAACCCACUGAAUGAAAUCCAGCAGCAAAUGGUUAGACUGAGUGCAGAUAGCCCUGUGGAAAACAAACGGUCUGCCCGCAGCAGGACAAAGGCUAACCCAAAUGAUAUCAAUAGCAACAUCUACUCAGUUCAGAACACUACAGCUCAAGGCGGUAUACCAAAUGCUUAUCAGGCAGUGUCACAAGUGGACCAGAUGACAUAUUUGAAUGGUAAUGUUGUUUAUGGGCCUCAUCUCCCAUACGGUUACUCAACUGAAAGAAGUGACUUUUAUUGGAGCUCAAAUGAUGGAGCUUGAAGAAGGGUAACCAUAUUUUAUCUACGGCAUAUUCCGCCUUCAAGUUCUAACAGCUUCAGCGAUACUUAUGGAGCCUACUCUAUUGGUGUGGCCCCAUCAUUCUAAUUGUUAUGGUUGCAUUGCAUCUACAUGAAACCUCUUUGAAAAUGCGCAAUAACUUCGAGAAUGUAAUAUAGCCUAGUAUCUUGACAAUAGCAUCUCCCUUGGUGCAGAGCAUAUGUAACAGAAAUUACCUGAUUUGCUAGACUUGUAACCUUUAUGCGGGUCUAUCAGCUAUUUGAUGGAUCCGUCUAUUUGUGACCCUGUAUAUGCAUGAGGCUGUCUGAAUCUGGGAGCAACGUUGGUGGCCUUUGAAGGCACUACCCUUUUGAUAAAUUUGCGGAUUCCUGAUGUC